UAAAACAAACAAGCCAUUCUUUCCUUCCGUCUUUCAUUAUCCGCCUCUCAUUCAUCGUUUCCUAAACCCAUUUCGCUUUCUUAGAUUAUUUUUUCUCAGAUCUCUUCUCUCUCCCAAACCAUCCUCUAUUUCUUUUCUCUGGGGGUGUUUCUCUGGAGGAAGAAAUAUUUUCUUCUAGCGAUCUCGUCGAUCUUUUUUUCUGGAGGAUUUCAGCUUGUGGAAUUUGUUAUUUAUGAAAAAGUAAAAGAUUUUCUUAAUAAAAAAAAAAAGAUGAUCAAAAUUUGCAUGUCAGAAGAACUGUGAACUCGAGUUGUUUGUGUCUGAGAUUGUUAUAAAAGAAAGAAAAUGGAAACACCAAACGAGAUAAAAGCUUCACCGGGGAACAACCUCAGAAACAGAGGAGCUGUUGGGAAUGACAGCAAGAAAGACAUGAUUUUCCGAGCUGACAGGAUCGAUCUGAAGAAUUUGGACAUUCAGCUGGAGAAACAUCUGAGUAGGGUUUGGUCAAGAAACAUCGAGAAGAAUCCAAAGCCUAAGGAAGAGUGGGAAAUCGAGUUGGCUAAAUUGGAGAUGAGCAAUGUCAUUGCUCGUGGUGCUUAUGGUAUUGUCUACAAAGGCAUCUAUGAUGGUCAAGACGUUGCAGUGAAAGUGCUUGAUUGGGGAGAAGAUGGUUACGCGACAACGGCUGAGACUUCAGCUCUUCGUGCUUCGUUCCGACAAGAAGUUGGGGUUUGGCACAAACUUAACCAUCCCAAUGUCACAAAGUUUGUUGGAGCAUCAAUGGGGACAACAAAUCUAAAGAUACCUUCAUCAGCUGAGAUGGAGAACUCCUUGCCUCAGAGAGCUUGUUGUGUGGUUGUGGAGUAUCUUCCUGGAGGAACUCUUAAGCAAUAUUUGUUCCGUAACAGGCGAAGGAAACUCGCUAUUAGAGUUGUGGUUCAACUCGCUCUAGAUCUCUCCCGAGGGCUAAGUUAUUUGCAUUCAGAGAGAAUCGUUCAUCGGGACGUGAAAACAGAGAACAUGCUAUUGGAUUAUCAGAGGAAUCUAAAGAUUGCUGAUUUUGGAGUGGCUAGAGUUGAAGCUCAGAAUCCAAAGGACAUGACUGGAGAAACUGGUACUCUUGGAUACAUGGCUCCAGAGGUUCUUGAUGGUAAGCCAUACAACAGAAGAUGCGAUGUUUACAGCUUCGGGAUAUGCUUGUGGGAGAUUUAUUGUUGUGCUAUGCCUUAUCCUGAUCUCAGCUUUGCUGAUGUUUCUUCUGCUGUUGUUCGUCAGAAUCUGAGACCAGACAUACCGAGAUGCUGUCCAACAUCAUUAUCGAACAUCAUGAAGAGAUGUUGGGAUGCAAAUCCGGUGAAACGGCCAGAGAUGGAGGAAGUCGUGAAGAUGCUUGAAGGAGUCGACACUUCCAAAGGUGGCGGAAUGAUCCCGGAAGAUCAGAGACCUGGCUGUUUCUGCUUUGUCUCCGGUCGUGGUCCUUGAAUUUGCAUUUUUUUACCCCUCUUUGGCCAUAUUAUUAUUAUUCUUACUUUCUACAUUGCAUUGUGGAGCAUUAUAUUGCUUUGUUUUAUUUUUUUCUCUAAUCUGUCCAGAUAAAAAAGUUUUCGUUAUAAGAGAAGAAUAUAUAUUAUAUAAUUUAUGAAUAUUGACGUUUGCUUU